CAAUGAUGAUCAGGAAGCGCUACACUCUGAAAGAGCCUGAGGUCAAAGACUAUUUGAUCAAAGGAGAGAGGUUCACCAAAUGGAAAGAGGACUCCACACGCACUUCGCAUGUCACCAUGAAGAUGGACCCAAAAGGAUUCUACCUGUACUGGAUCAACCAGAGCAAAGAAAUGGAAUUCCUGGACAUUGCAACCAUUCGGGACACGAGAACAGGGAAAUAUGCCAAACUGCCCAAACAACCCAAAGUUCGUAAUGUGUUCAACAUGGACUUCCCUGACAGCAAUCACUUGGCCAAAGCCCUGACCAUAGUGUCUGGCCCUGACAUGGUCAAUCUCACCUACCACAACUUCUUUGCAGCCAAAGACAAAGUAGUCCAGAACUGGGCUGAUGACAUCCUGGCCAUUGCUUACAACCCUCAGAGGGCCAAUGUCUGCAGACAAGUCUUCCUAGAUAAACUGUAUGUUCGCCUCUCGCUGCACACCAACAAAGAUGGCAAGAUCCCUGUGAAACAUAUCUAUAAGAUGUUUCCAGCAGACAAGAAAAGAGUGGACAGUGCGCUGGCAGCUGCGCACCUCCCCAAAGGAAAGUUUGACCACAUAAAGCCUGAUGUGUUCACUGAAGCUGCAUUCAAGACUUUCCUAGCAAACCUGUGUCCAAGGCCAGAGAUCUAUGAAAUCUUCACCUCCUACUCUGCUAAACCCUACAUGACGAAGGAGAACUUCACCAAGUUUCUGCAUGAGAAACAGCGGGACUCGCGACUGAAUGAAGAGCUUUACCCUCCACUUAGGCCUGAACAGGUGAAGGCUCUGAUAGACAAGUAUGAGCUGUCUUCCAACGCUAACCGAGGUCAGAUAUCCCCCGAGGGUCUCCUCUACUUCUUAAUGGGGUCUGAGAUGUCACCUGUGGUGUUAGACAAACUGGCCCAGUGUCAUGACAUGAACCAGCCCAUCCCUCACUACUAUGUUAAAUCUUCACACAACACCUAUCUCACUGCUGGUCAGUUCUCUGGCGUCUCCUCUCCGGAGAUGUACAGGCAGUGUCUGCUUGCUGGCUGCCGCUGUCUGGAGCUGGAUUGCUGGAAGGGCAAACCUCCGGAGGAGGAGCCAAUCAUCACCCACGGCUUCACCAUGACAACGGAGAUCCUGUUCAAGGAUGUGAUUGAAGCUAUAGCAGAGAGCGCAUUCAAAACUUCCAAAUAUCCGGUCAUCCUCUCCUUCGAGAACCAUGUGGAUUCAGUGAAGCAGCAAGAGAAGAUGGCUAACUACUGUAAGACAAUAUUUGGAGAUGCUCUACUCACUGAACCCCUGGAGAAGUAUCCAUUGAAAUCAGGCCAACAGAUCCCCAGUCCAGCAGAACUGAUGGGAAAAAUCCUGAUCAAGAACAAGAAGAACAGCGCACCUCAGGCUAAAACAGGCCAAGCCAAUGUGAAGAAAGCCACCAGUCAGGAUCAGCAGCAAGGACCCUGCAGCUCAGCUGAUCCCAACCAAACUGCCCAGACCAACCAGGAGAGCCAAGGUGAGGCAACUGAGGAGCAGGAAGAGCAAGAGGAGCAAGACGAGCAAGAUGAGGAGAAGAUGAAGAACUCAGAUGAGGGUACUGCUGGGCAAGAAGUAACAGCCUAUGAGGAGAUGUCUGCGCUGGUCAACUACAUACAGCCAAACAAGUUCAUCUCCUUUGAGAAUGCUAAGAAAAAGAACAAGAGCUACGUGAUCUCCUCUUUUGUGGAAACAAAAGGCGAGAGUCUGAUCAGCAAGAGUGCUGUGGAGUUUGUGGAAUAUAACAAGAGACAGAUGAGCCGUAUCUACCCUAAAGGAACACGUAUGGACUCCUCCAAUUACAAUCCUCAGCCCUUCUGGAAUGUAGGCUGCCAGAUGGUGGCACUAAACUACCAGACCAUGGAUUUCCCCAUGCAGCUGAACAUGGCACUGUUUGAGUUUAACGGGAGAACAGGGUAUCUCCUCAAACAUGACCUGCUGCGGAGAAGCGACAAGAAGUUUGACCCCUUCACUGACAGGAUUGACACCAUUGUGGCCAACACGCUCACAAUUAAGGUCUACUCAGGCCAGUUCCUGUCUGAUAAGAGUGUGAAGACAGCAGUGGAGGUGGAGAUCAUUGGCUUGCCUGGAGACCCCAAACGCAAAAACCGCACAAAGUGGUCCCCAAUGCCCAACGCCAUCAACCCAGUGUGGAACGAGGAGCCAUUCGUGUUUGAGAAGAUUCUGUGCCCAGACAUGGCUUCUCUCAGGAUAGCAGCCUAUGAGGAAGGAGGGAAAUUCAUUGGUCACAGAAUCAUUCCUAUAGAUGCCAUUCAGUCAGGAUUCCAGCACAUUUGUCUGCGUAGUGAAAGUAACAUACCUCUGACUCUACCUGCUUUAUUUGUCUACAUUGAGGUGAAGGACUACAUCCCUGCUGCUUUCGCUGAUUUCACAGAUGCUCUCUUUAAUCCAGUGAAGUCCACAAAGCCGGCAAAACAGGAGAGUGCUACUUAUGUAAGCCCAUAUGAGCUGCCUCAUGCAGUAGCACCUGUCCCUGCACCUGCUCCUACCACAGAACCUGAUGCUACUGAUAGUCCAGUAGAGGGCGAUGCUAAUCCUCCAGAUCAAAACGGAACUUCUGCCCCAAACUCAGGCAGCACUGACACAGACUCCAACUCACUCGCCCCAGAACCCACCGACCCGGAGCCCACCGACCCAGAGCCCACCGACCCAGAGAAUCAGAACCAGCCAGCACCAUCUAAUCAAGAAGCAGAGCCUCCUGAGACCCAACCUAACCCUGAGGAACCUCUAGCCGCUAAUGAGCCUGGUGAAAUCUCUGAAACCUCUGAGGUAGAAGCAGCUGCUGAGUCUACUCCUGAUCCUAAUGGUGAAGUAGAGCAAGUUGUGGAAGUAGAGCAAGAAGCACAAGCAGACCCAGCUCCAGACACUGAACAAACUUCUGAACAAGUUCCAGACUCUGAACCAAACCCCAGCGAGCAGCAGGAUGCUGGAGCGGAGUCUAACUCUGUAUCUGACUCUGGAUCAGCUGUAGAAGCUGAAGAGGUUACUGUUCCUGCUGAAAGUUCAGACACCACCACAGCUUCGGGUGCUGCGGAACCGGCCACUGUCACCUGUGAGGAACUGCUGCGGCACAAGAGCUACACCAAGGUCACCAAGAGGCAGGAGAGGGAGAUGAAAGAGCUGGAGAAGAAGUUCCAGAAGAAGGCUGAGGAGCUGAUUCAGAAAUACAGUGACCUCUUCAAAUCCCUCAAGAAAAAGACGUCCAUCAAGAAGAAAGAGGCAGGAGCUGAGGGGGCAUAUACUGGGCCCAAUGCGGAGCGAAUCAAUGAGCUGAAACAGAGUCUGCAGGUGGAGCUUCGAGCAAUGUGGGUGGAGCAAUAUGAUCAGCUGAGGAAGAAGAAAGAGCAGCAUUCGACUGAGCGUGUGGCCAAGCUGCUGGAGAUGGCUACAGAAAGACACUGUAUUGAAAUGAAGGCACUGAACAGUGAGAAUAAAGAGGGAAAGAAGAAAGAAUCAAAGCGGUCAUGUUCCGAGAAGGGCAGACUGAAGAAGAGCAUGAGUUGUGAUCAACUUGAUGAGGACGACACACAGUCCACAGGCAGCAGUGGGAAUCUGGAGCAGGAGCAAAGGCUGAGGAAGAAGCAGGCGUGCACUCUGGCUGAUAUCAGAGCAAUGAGUGGCCAGUUGCAUCAGGAAGCCAUGUCGGAUCAUGCUAAGAGGAUGUGGUCGUUGCCCUGUGACCUCCGGGAGGCUGUCAAUGCCUGCGUUAGCCCUCACUUCCCUGAGCAGGUGGAAAAGACUGGGGAAUCCAGGCCGGAGCACGGCGGCCAUGGAGCACACUAUGGCCACGUUUUCCUGGGCUGAGAUCUGCUCUGCUCCUUCAACUGGCUGAAAUUCUCCAGAACACUGCACUAUAUAAAACGAUAAGUCAGCUCAACUUAU